AUGUCUGAUUCAGUUGACCGUGUUUUUGUCAAGGCCAUCACUACCAUCAGAGCAUUAUCCACCCGGUCCAACUACGGCUCGUUACCACGUCCGCCUGCCGAAAACAGAAUCAAACUCUAUGGUCUCUACAAACAGGCUACGGAGGGAGAUGUUGAUGGUAUCAUGCCUAGACCUGUUGGAUUCACACCUGAAGACGAGGGUGCAAAGAAAAAAUGGGAUGCUUGGAAACGUGAACAGUGCUUAUCCAAAACUGAAGCCAAGCGGAGAUACAUCUCUUAUCUCAUUGAGACUAUGAAGGUGUAUGCCAGUGGGACUUUGGAGGCACGUGAGUUGUUGAGUGAGUUGGAAUACUUAUGGGACCAAAUUAAAGAUAUCCAUUACGAAAGUGAAGACGAGCAUGACCAUAACAUUCCCUUACCUUCACGGUCACCACUGUUUAGCCAGGCUGCUCAAUCAGACCGCUAUUCAAAUGUGACACCCAGCAUUGUGCCCAACCAGCAGUACCGCAACAACUUGCAAAAGAUAUACCUGCACUCAAGGAGAAGCACCAUGUUCUCCAUCAAUGACUAUGUCCAACAGCAAAGACUACAACAACAAGCACAACCACAGGAUCAUGAUACGAAUGUCAACACUGGAAUCGCUGGUGUAGGCACGGCUUCUUUGUAUUCAUUGCCCAUGGUAGAUCCCAGAGUCAAGCCACAGCUGGUUCAUUCAUUGCCUGGCAACACAUCUGUUAACAACAUCCCGGCCGGAACCAUCCAGGAGUUCAAAAAUUGGCAGGGUGAGGUGAACCAAGUGAUCAACAAAUUGACCAGGGAGUUCGUGAACAGCAGGCGCGAGUACCUGAGAUAUAACCACAAAGAGAAUGAGCCUAUCGAAGAGGAAGAACAGCUUGACGAAGUACAACUCUUGAAGCGUAGAGUCUACCACAUCUUGAAGAUUGUAGGCAAGCACUGUGUGACCUUCCUCAAGAAUUUCUCCAUCAGCUUGAUUACCAUCUUGUUCAUUGUAUGGUGUGUCAAGAAGAACGUUCUCGUUGACAGAACGGUGGUAAAACAGCCACUUGGUGGCACUUCAUCAAAGCAAAAGAAGGAGUUGAUUAUCAAGAUGGUCAUCAACACCGACGAGAACAAAUGGUUUAUUAGAUUGUUGAGCUUUAUUAAUAGCUUUGUAGGAUUCGUCUAG